UCUGACUGAUCCUCCAGGUAUCGUGGCGCUGUGGUCUCUGGCCGUCCUGGCGUUCGAGCGCUUCUUCGUGAUCUGUCGCCCCAUGGGGAACAUCCGUCUGCGGGGCAAACACGCGGCUCUGGGUCUGCUGUUCGUCUGGACCUUCUCCUUCAUCUGGACCAUCCCACCGGUGCUGGGCUGGAGCAGUUACACCGUCAGCAAGAUCGGCACCACCUGCGAACCCAACUGGUAUUCGGGAAACUUCCACGACCACACCUUCAUCAUCACGUUCUUCAUCACCUGCUUCAUUCUUCCGCUGGGAGUGAUCGUCGUCUGUUACUGCAAACUGAUCAGGAAGCUGAGAAAGGUGUCCAACACGCACGGCCGGCUGGGUAAUGCUAGGAAGCCCGAGCGUCAGGUGACCCGUAUGGUGGUGGUGAUGAUCGUGGCCUUCAUGGUGGCCUGGACUCCGUACGCCGCGUUCUCCAUCGUGGUCACGGCUCAUCCCAGCAUCCACCUGGACCCGCGACUGGCUGCCGUUCCCGCGUUCUUCUCCAAAACAGCCGCCGUCUACAACCCGGUCAUCUAUGUGUUCAUGAACAAACAGUUCAGGAAGUGUCUGGUUCAGCUCCUGAGAUGCAGAGACGUCACUCUCAUCGAGGGAAACGCCAACCAGAGCAGCGAACGCCAAGGCAUGACCAACGAGAGCCACACCGGAGAGAUGUCCACCAUCGCCUCGCGAAUCCCCAAACACGGAUCCAUCCCGGAGAAAACCCAGGAGCAUCCCGGAGAACGGAGAUCGCUCGCACACAUUCCCAUUCCUGAGAACAAAGUAUGUCCGAUGUGA